CUUUUGAGUCGUCUCCCUUGCCUCCCCUCCCCUCACCCCUCCAGGUCGCUCAUAGCCCGCCUGCCGCAUUCCAGCGCAAUCUUUGCACUUCGCCAAGUAGUCGAAAACAACAUUCGGACCUUGGACGACAGUCAUUGACCCGACCGAGGAGCGACGAUAAGUUGUGUGCGCCUUUGCCAACCUUGUCCGACUGCUGCGACCUCCGUUGAGUGCCGUGUAGCCCGAGUCGAAUCGCGGGCCAUCCUGUUUCGGAGGCCGAGAAGGAGAGAGACCGACCACUCUAUCUCCCGAGUCCAAAUAAGAAAGUCCAGGAGAGACAGGCCACGGCCAGUCAUCAGCCAACUGACACACUUGAGGACGACUAGGGAGUCUUUUUUUGCUCUUCCGGUGCGCGCGCCCUUGGGAAAAUCAGGAAACGACGUCGGCUAGGAAAUACGUUGCUUGGCUUAGUGCAGACGUGUUGGAUAGGAAGGCAAGAAAACGAAGGAGCUGCAAAAGGGAGCCGAGGAAAGGGAAUCGUCACCGAGUGUAACAACAAGAACAACACGGUAUCCGUACACACGAGAACGAGGAAGGAAGGAACGACCCUUCUUCCACCUGAUCUACCUCCUUCCCAUACUUCACCUUCCCACGACCCCGCCGCUGCUUCCUUUUCAGAAAGCCCAACGGCCACCACGACUCAGGAAGGAACGCAAUCAGAGAGAAAGUGUGACCCAGUAGUCAUUACAUCGCCCCUCUCUCCGUCCCGUCCGCACUGGCAUCAGCCUGGUCCCAGUCGGAAUCACUCCUCCCCUUCCCCUCCAUCCGCUGGAAAAAAGGGAAAAGGAAAAAAAAACAAGCAACCACCCCUCGACCUCCUGCUCCAAUCUGAGCAUCUCUUUCAUCUUGGUCAGUCAACACCGCCAUUGCGACAACACGCCUACUGCAACUGCAGCAGCAGCAACGAUACAACUCAAGUAGCAACACAAGACAAGACAGACACACCUCAGUCUCCAGUUGCGCCAGUCUGCUCCACCUUUGUCUUGCGCCCAAUCACGCAUUGCCUUUCCUCCCGGAAGGACCAUUUCCAUACCUACCAAUCCUCCCCAUCAACACUGUCAACUCUGUGGUGUCACAGGGUCCCCGUCCCUCCCUCCAUCACCAUUGCUACUUUCUUUUUGAACCAUUGCAUCUCACUCUCUUGCAAGAGUCUGCAGCUACCCUCACCAGAGAGAGUGAACGUCACACAAGAUGAAGGCCCUCCGCCGGUCCAUCAAGGGCGAAAAGGACAACGCCAAGAUCAACAUUGCCCCCAAGUCGGCUGUUGCCAUUGUUCCUCCAAAGAAGGUUAUUCGAGCCCUAUACGACUAUGAAGCGCAAUCCAACCAGGAACUGAGCUUCUCCCGAGGCGAUUUCUUCCACGUCAUCGGCCGAGAAAACGAUCCCGACUGGUACGAAGCAUGUAAUCCUGCUCUGCCCGACGCCCGUGGCCUCGUGCCCGUCGCCUUCUUCCAGGCACUGGGCCGCACUGAGAGAGACAGCGGUCAGUCCGACGGCGGUGCCCUGCCCCGGCCACCGACCAUGUCUCCGACAAUCUCUAAGAACCCCGAUCACGAUUCUGGCUACGCCGAGGCUGCGCCGCCUGCUGGUGCUGUGCAAUCGCCGCCCCCGACCCAACGCAUGUCCCGUUCCGGCAGCAGAUCUGGCGCCAUGGUCUAUGGCAUCGUCAUGUACGAUUUUGUGGCAGAACGUGCCGACGAGUUGGAGGCCAAGGCCGGCGAAGCCAUCAUCGUCAUCGCGCAAUCCAACCCCGAAUGGUUCGUCGCCAAGCCCAUCGGUAGACUCGGCGGUCCCGGUCUGAUCCCCGUAUCUUUCGUCGAAAUUCGCGACAUGGCUACCGACACCGCCGUUGGUGAUGCCUCAAAUGCCAUAAAAAAGGCGGGCAUUCCAAAGGUUGAAGAGUGGAAGAAGAUGGCGGCCGAUUACAAGAACAGCAGCAUUACCCUGGGCAAGUUCGACAACGGUGCUGCACCGCAGCAAGGAUCUAUUGAGCAAGGCAUGGAGCGCAUGAGCAUUCAACAAGGCGGACGCACAAGUUCACAGAACGGCAGUAACUACCAGCAGCAACAGCAGCAACAACAACAACAGGCUGCCUACCAGCGUAACUCCCAACAGACCUCUCAACCCAGUCCAUAUGCCAAGCCAGCCUCGCAGCUGUAUGCGCCUAUUUCGGCACGCAUUCCCAGAUACUGCUUUGCCGAGGACAAGUAUUGGUUCGUCAUUGAGGCGGUUCUAGAGGAUAGCCGUCACUGGGAACUGUCGAGAUACUACGAAGACUUCUACGACUUCCAGAUCGCUCUGCUCACGGAGUUCCCGGCCGAGGCAGGCAAUACCGGAACUCAGAAGCGCACCCUCCCGUACAUGCCUGGCCCCGUCAACUAUGUCACAGAUGCCAUCACCGAGGGCCGCCUGCACAACCUGGAUGCCUACGUCAAGAACCUUCUCGCGCAACCACCCUACAUCGCAAGAUGCGCACUUGUCAAGCAGUUCUUCGCACCUAGGGAGGGGGACUAUGAAAUCGACCCUAGCGCGCCCAACGAAGAGUACAGACUUUCUGGCGGUUCACAACCGUCAUCAACCGACUCGCCGGCGGAUGCGGCAUCACGGCAGUCAUCCAAGAAUAACCUAAACGGCAACGGGUACGGCGGUCUCUCUGCUGCGCCUCAGCAACGAGCCAUGGGCCAACCAGGCCCGAACCGACAGCCGUCGUCGUCCCUGUCCCAAUCUCAACCCGUUACCACACCCGGCAUCGGUCAAGGGCAAAUCAUGAAGAUCAAACUUUACUUCAACGGUGAUCUCAUCGCCAUCCGAGUUCCUACGGAAAUACAAUUCCAACAACUCUAUGACAAGAUUGUGGACAGGCUCAAAAUCCCUGUCGGCGAAGAGAUUCAACUCUUCUACAAGGACGAGGCCACUGGCGACAAGCCCAACUUGAUGAGCGACAACGACCUUGACUAUGCCUUGCAAAGAAACGAAAAGCUCCUGCUGUAUGUGGAGCAAGUCUGAGGCACGGCAUAAUGCGGCAACACUCUACUUCACCCGUUUCAGAUCGUUUCUGUGGAGUACCUCGAGAGACAAAAAAGCAUACCCCAAAUGUCUUUGCAUUCUUAUUUCAUGAUUCCCAGCGCAUGCGCCAAACAACCCUCCACCCCCGUCCUAUCGCACAGGCGAUGGGCCGACUUUUCUUCUAUACUGUUUUGUCCUAGUAGCUGGACUCGAUAUACGACCCUGAUGCCAGUGGAUCGACUCCUCCGCAGAAGCGGCUUAGCCCCCCUUUUUUCUCCUCCUCCACCAUCCUUCUUUGGCCCUUAGCUGGCCCCUACUUACGAUUUUCUUUGAUGGUUAUUGACGUUGAUGAUGGGAAAAGAGUUAUCAAUACAGCCCUCGGGGGUGUCUAUUUGUGAAACAGUUUCUUUCAAAGACGCAAGACGGAUCUGUUUCCACCGUGAGGAUACGGAGAAGGACAUUGGCGGGCGUUUUCUUCUCAUGCCGAACAGCAGCAGCAGGCUUGACCUGUCGUUUUCUUUUUCUUUCUUUGUUUUAAAGCAUGAGACCUUUUCUCGGCAAGGUCCUCAUUGCUGACUUGGUCAGUCGUGCGGAAUGCGCGAGAAGGAAAGGAAGGAAGGUUAAGAGGGUUUAUUGAUGACGAGCCCAACGACGGUGUGGACGAUUUGAUGGUCAAGGGAUGGGAUCAAUACCCCGCACUUGAGCAAAAAACCAAGACAAGCUACUUUACCAAAACCCCAUGUUCCUAUUGCAUGACGGUCAUAAAUCGUGAUGGUAAUUUGCCUUUGAAUUGCGCAAACAGAAAAGUGAUGAGCUGGCGGGUUCAUUGCGUCUUGCCUCAAGCAGUGCUCGACAAAGCAUGGCGAAAUCGAAGGGGGAAAGGUGAAAACCAUUCCAGAAAGGGGCAAGCACGACAUGCGAGUGCCAAGUAUCGCAGACAAGCGAAAUCAAUCCGCUAUUUCUGAACGGUGUAAUCGUUACAAGCUACUAAACAACAACCGUCCUCUCUUACUUUUAUUAGCAUACCUACAUCCGGUCGACACACGAGACCCGGUCGGUUUUGAUAACUCCCUGCAAACAAGCAUAUAAUGAUAAGGGUCCUUUUUUAAGGGAGAGAGCAGCCAUCGGCAUGUAAUCUCUUGUAUAACUCGGCCCUCAUCGCCGAGACGCAAAACGCCUGAUGUAGGUUGUAGUAGUGCCUGGGUAUUCUUUUCUCUGGUUUUCUUGCGAUUCUCUCUACUGUCCUUCUCCGCC